AUGAAGUUCGGACAGAACCUCCCCCGCAACCAAGUCCCCGAAUGGGCAUCACAGUACAUCGACUACAAGGCGCUGAAAAAGCUCAUCAAGGCCGCGAGGAAGGAGUCGGAACAGCAUGGCGUGGAGGAGCCAGACUUGGCCGAGUUCUUCUACACUCUUGACCGCCAGCUCGAAGACAUUGACACCUUUUACAACCGCAAGUAUGCCGAGUUCUCCCGCCGCCUGCGACUCCUCUUCGAUCGAUAUGGCAUGGCCUCGAAGCUCAAGGACGGCAUGGACCGCGAUGAUAUGGACGAUCUCAUGGGCGCGCUGCUCGAAUUGAGGGGACAGUACAGGAACUUGCAGUGGUAUGGCGAGGUAAACAGGAGGGGCUUUGUCAAGAUCACGAAGAAGCUGGAUAAGAAGAUUGCGAGCUCGACGACGCAGAGUCGAUACCUGGCGACCAAGGUGGAUCCGAAGGCUUUUGCGACGAAUAACAAGUUGACGCUGGACAUGAGGGCGAUUAAUGACUGGCUCUCGCAGCUAGGUGAGGUGAAAGUUGUCGACGAUGCGAGCUCGGUACAUUCGGGCAGCUCGAGUGGAUCCAUACAUCGAAUGGGAUCGAGGACGACGCUGAAGAUCCCGACUGCUGCGUUGGAGGCCAUGGAGUCUGCCGUGAAGGAGGAGGAUACUACACGCCUUUUCUUGUUGGUCUCGAAGAAUGCACCGGAGGUUGGUGCGCAGAAGGCUUUGCUGUUGGAUCUACUCCAGCGAGCUAUUGCAUUCAAGGCUUUCAAUAGCAUUGAGGCCAUCUUGCGCGAAGUGCCGAGCAUUGAUCCGGACAACGACCUGAACAAGCGGAAUUGCUUGCACAAGCUGAUCAUCUCCAUCGGACGUGUCAGGGCAUCGAAAGACGCAGGAGGGUUCCAGGAAAUCUCAAAGGCGACAGCUUUCAUCAACGCUGCUCAACCACCAGUGCGAGCGCCGGGAGCAUUCAAGGUCGAAGAACGAGAUCCGGAAAACGACCUGAGUAGGGAUGUGGAAGCUGAACGGUUGCUCGCCUUCGUCCUCGAUCAUCUCAAAGAAGAGCACCACCAGUCUGCGCUCAGCAAAGACGUCUACGGCCGCAUGCCACUGCACUAUGCCGCGCAGUAUGGACUCGUGUUCGCAAGCCAGAUGGUCAUGAAGCACCUGCAGCAGUGGAACCUCUUCGAUGUGUCUGAGGGCAUCGACGCGCCACAGUGGCAAGAUCUAGACGGGUUCGCGCCGCUCCAUCUGGCUGUCAUUGCUGGUCACUAUCGGAGUUGCAAGGCCCUUUUGCUGGUCGAUGACUGGCAUAAGUUCACAGACCAUCGCCUUACUAGCAAGCAUGUGGAGAAGAGUGGUAUGUCUCUGGAGCUGGCGACCAAGUCGAACUUUCACAAGAUUGUUGGCCUUUUGGUCGAUGCGGGCGUCGAUGUGAACUUCCGCGAUGAUCUGGGUGAGACAGCGUUGCAUGUGGCCGCCAGAUUCGGACAUGAGGAAUGUGCCAGGGCACUACUUGCAGCCACUUCGGGCGACAACCGCAUCAAUCUGGAGAUCGCCGAAAAGGAGUAUGGAUGGACACCAUUGUUCAUUGCAUCGGUUAAUGGCCACUUGUCGAUAGCGAAGCUUUUGGUCGAUGCUGGUGCGCAAGUCAACAAGCUUGACUCCUCGCUCUGGACGCCUCAGGAACACGCUGCGCUACGUGGACACAUUGAGCUUGCGAAGUACAUUGCAUCAUUAACACCGCCCCCAAGUCUACAUGCUAGCCCAGAACUUGCAGCACAAGCGAAGUUGUCAUCCUCCCCACCAGCUGCAUCUUCGUUGGAGGACAGGCGCUCACAUGGUGUGCCAAAGGAGGAGCUCAGAGCACGUGUGCCAGAGCCAGUCAAGUCCUUCGGACAUCGAUACCUCACAGAGGAGACAAUGGUGCUCGUCAGUCUGGGCACAUUGGGCGAGCAUAAAGACUUGCAGCCUAUCAAUCUGGAGAACAUUGCGAUUAACGAUGCGCACGCGACACAGCUUGAUACUGCCUUGUCGUUGGUGGUGACUGCUCAUGGGGCAAGCGGAGAGCCCACUGUGAUCGAUUUGCCCAUUCAAGAGGAUAUCAGCACUUCGCCGAUCACAUUCAUGACCAAGGACCCUUCCAAGGUCAAGUUGCUGUUCGACCUCGUCCCAACAUACUCCGGCGCGACCGACAAGCGCAUCGCUCGUGCUGUGGCAUUGCUUUCGAGUAUCAAGCCUGGCGUUGGUAACAAGCGAUCGACCCUACAGACUGACAUGAGCGUGCCUCUACUUGCUGGUCCUGACUUUGAUGUCAUCGGAUCCAUCAACUUUAACUUCCUCAUCAUUACACCCUUCAAGCACCCCAACAUCAGUAUCGAUGAGCAAAAGACGUACUGGACGAAGUCUUCGACCAAGGUCAUCGGCCAUCGUGGUCUAGGCAAAAACAUGGCGACCAAGACAUCGCUCCAGCUAGGCGAGAACACGAUCCAGUCCUUCAUCACCGCAGCCAAUCUGGGUGCAUCGUACGUCGAGUUCGAUGUCCAGAUGACAAAAGACCAUGUUCCGGUCAUCUACCACGACUUCCUCGUUAGCGAGACAGGCGCAGACGUCCCCGUCCACACCUUGACCCUCGAGCAAUUCCUCGCCCUCAGCGACACACCCAAGCCAACCCGACCCUCAUCCCCCGCCGAGACCAACGGCAAGUCUCGUAGCAGAGACAACCGCGAGCCUCCCGGCCGGAUCCAACGCUCCUACUCCGUCGGCGCACCCCUCGACGCCCGUGGCAGCGAACGCAUGAAGAAUACCCGCGACUUCAAGACGAAAGGCUACAAAGGCAACAUGCGCGGCGAAUUCAUCCAGCAGCCUUUCACGACCCUCGAGGAAAUGUUCACAACCAUACCGGAAGACGUCGGCUUCAAUAUCGAGAUGAAGUAUCCCAUGCUCUUUGAGACGGUGCAAGAGGAGAUGGACACGUACGCGGUGGAACUGAAUACGUUCGUCGACACUGUGCUGCAGUUGGUUUACAAUAGGAGGAAGGGCAGGAAUAUCGUCUUCAGCUCUUUCCACCCGGAUAUCUGUUUGCUUCUGACCUUCAAGCAACCUUCCAUCCCGGUCCUCUUCCUCACGGACGCUGGCGUCUCACCCGUUGGCGAUAUUCGCGCUGGAUCUUUACAAGAAGCCAUCCGCUUCGCGAGUCGCUGGAGCUUACUGGGAAUCGUCUCAGCGGCGGAACCGUUCGUUCUUUGUCCGAGACUUAUCAACGUGGUCCAGUCUUCUGGCUUGGUCUGUGUGUCCUAUGGCACGCUGAACAACGAUCCUCACAAUAGCAAUUUGCAAGCGCAGGCGGGCAUUGACGCGGUUAUUGUCGAUUCCGUGGCGAGAGUGAGGAAGGGGUUGACGGAUGCUGAUGCGGAGAGGAAUGGAUCGAGCGAAACGAAGUUGCUGGAGACGCGUCCGGCUGGCGCUGUCACGAAUGGGCAGGUUAAGGAAAUGGGCGAGGAGAUGAUGGAGAAGUUGAAGGUCUAG